AUUUUACAUGACCGCGCGCUUACAGUCCCGGCAUCACGAAGCAGGAGUUCCCGACCCUGUAGCGCCCAAGGAUGCCCAGUUCCGGCCAUAAAAGUGCAAGCUGGGUAGAAUGUUUGGUGCUUGUAUUUCGGAGGUGCUAGUGGGGCAGAUAAGGACCGCUUCCUGGUGUCUGGGGGAAGGAGAAGCGCCCCCGCCCCCCGUUCGGAACGCUCUCCAUCUCCAGUCCCUCAGAGGAAGUCGUGGCGAAGAAGCUGCUUCCAGGCUCCGCGCGCGCCUCUCCAGGUGCCUGUCCCGCUCCCGCGGCGCCUUCGUCUGGGAGGCUCUUCGCGGCGGCCGGACCCGGCCGACUUCCCUUCCAGCCGAGGCGCCUCCUUCCGCUCAGCGCCGCGCGGCUCCGUUCGGGACGUGUCCGCGCCUCCGCGACUACCGGAGCCACUUCGGGGCGAUGCUGGGGCCGCCGGUCUGGGCGCUGGUGGCCGGCGUCCUGCUGGCGCUGUCGCCGGGCCGGGCGGAGGGCGCCCCGAGGGCGGGCCGGCGGCCGGCGCGGGCGCGGGGCUGCGCGGACCGGCCCGAGGAGCUUCUGGAGCAGCUGUACGGGCGACUGGCGGCUGGUGUGCUCGGCGCCUUCCACCACACGCUGCAGCUGGGCCCGCGCGAGCAGGCGCGCAACGCCAGCUGCCCGGCCGGGGGCAGGCCCGCCGACCGCCGCUUCCGGCCGCCCACCAACCUGCGCAGCGUGUCUCCCUGGGCCUACAGGAUCUCCUACGACCCCGGCCGCUUCCCCAGGUACCUGCCCGAGGCCUAUUGCCUGUGCCGGGGCUGCCUGACCGGGCCGCGCGGGGAGGAGGAUGUGCGGCUGCGCAGCGUCCCGGUGCUCGUGCCCGCGGUGGUCCUGCGCCGGACCCCAGCCUGCGCGGGCGGCCGCGCCGUCUAUACCGAGGAGUACGUCACCAUCCCCGUGGGCUGCACCUGCGUGCCCGGGCCAGACAAGGAUGCAGACGGUGCCAACUCCAGCCUGGACAAGCCGGCCCGGCCCUGAGCACCCAUCCCCAAUCCGGGGACCCCGAGGCCCCAAGGAAACUCGGACGGAGCACCCAGCGCUGGACUGGACUGCACUGCGUGCGAGCCUGACCCCCUGCAUCCCCCAGGCUUCCUCUUGGGCAGGAGCGCGGGGCAGUGAAAGGUGACAGGAACU